GGCGGCAGGCGGAAGUGGGCGGUUCGGCUGCUCCGGGCGCUGGUGUUGGGCCUCUGGAGGGGCGUUCUCCGGACGGCCGCCGCUGUAGGCCGUGGUGACAGGGCCGUUGGCCUCCGCGCACCCUGCUCCUGCCGGUGCCGCGUCCGCUCCCUCGCGCCCUCCCUUCCCGUCCUGCAGGCCCAACAUGGCGCAGGAGGUGUCGGAGUACCUGAGCCAGAACCCGCGGGCGGCCGCCUGGGUGGAGGCCCUGCGCUGCGAGGGCGAGACGGACAAACACUGGCGCCACCGCCGCGAGUUUCUGCUCCGCAACGCCGGAGACCUGGCCCCCGCCGGCGGCGCGGGCCCUGGGGCCGACGAGGCUGCGGACGCCGAGGGCGGGACCCGCCAGCGGCAGCUGCAGCAGCUCAUCUCGUUUUCCAUGGCCUGGGCAAACCAUGUCUUCCUCGGGUGCCGGUAUCCUCAAAAAGUUAUGGAUAAAAUUCUUAGUAUGGCUGAAGGCAUCAAAGUGACAGAUGCUCCAAUCCAUACAACAAGAGACGAACUGGUUGCCAAGGUGAAGAAAAGAGGGAUAUCGAGUAGCAAUGAAGGGGUAGAGGAGCCAUCCAAAAAACGAGUCAUAGAAGGAAAAAGUAAUUCUGCAGCUGAGCGAGAUCAUGGAAAAGUUUCUGCCAAAACAGAACGUUCAUCAGCUCAGCAGGAAAACAGUUCAAGUCCGGGCUCAUCUGCCAAAUCAGAGAGUAGUGGAAGUUCAGCUUGGAGCUCUGCCACCUCCAGUCAGCGGAGCUCUACGAGUGAUGGAGAUCGCACUGUUGCCAGCAAAAGUGGGAGCAACAUUUCCUCUCAGGUAACAGCAGCAGGUUCUGGAAAAGCUUCUGGUUCGGGAAAAGCUGAACCAGAAGCUCUAGAUAAACACAGUUCAGCAUCAUUUGUUUCUUCGUUGUUGAAAUCCAGUGUGAAUAGUCACGGGACCCAGUCAUCUGAUUCCAGACAGCAAAGUGGAUCACCUAAAAAAAGUGCUUUGGAAGGCUCAUCACUCUCAGUCUCUCAGAGCAGCGCAGAGAUUGAGGUGCCCCUUUUGGGUUCCUCUGGAAGUUCAGAAGUAGAAUUGCCAUUAUUGUCUUCUAAACCUAGUUCAGAGACAGUGUCAAGUGGGUUAACUUCCAAAACUAGUUCAGAGGCAAGUGUUUCAUUAUCAGUUUCUAAAAACAGUUCCUCAACAGGUACAUCAUUAUUAACUCCCAAGAGCAGCUCAACAAAUCCAUCACUGCUAACCUCUAAAAGCACUUCCCAGGUAGCUGCAUCACUGUUAGCUUCCAAAAGUAGCUCCCAGACCAGUGGAUCUCUGAUUUCCAAAAGCACUUCCUUAGCAAGUGUGUCCCAGCUAGCCUCUAAGAGCAGUACUCAGAGUAGCAGUUCACAAUUGCCUUCUAAAAGUACUUCACAGUUAAGUGAGAGUUCGGUCAAAUUCACUUGUUGCAAGUUAACCAAUGAAGAUGUCAAACAGAAGCAGCCCUUUUUCAAUAGACUGUAUAAAACAGUUGCUUGGAAGUUAGUAGCAGUUGGUGGCUUUAGUCCGAAUGUGAACCAUGGAGAGCUCCUAAAUGCAGCUAUUGAGGCCCUGAAAGCAACACUGGAUGUCUUUUUUGUCCCAUUAAAAGAACUGGCAGAUCUGCCUCAAAAUAAGAGCUCGCAAGAAAGUAUUGUUUGUGAAUUAAGAUGUAAGUCUGUGUAUCUGGGCACUGGCUGUGGAAAAAGCAAAGAAAAUGCAAAAGCAGUGGCAUCAAGAGAAGCACUGAAGUUAUUUCUCAAGAAAAAGGUGGUGGUAAAAAUAUGUAAAAGGAAAUACAGAGGCAGUGAAAUAGAAGAUCUAGUACUCCUUGAUGAAGAGUCAAGACCUAUUAACUUACCUCCAGCAUUAAAACAUCCUCAAGAAUUAGUAUAAUAUGUCCAAAAUGUCACUGCUUACAGUAUCUGGUAUUUGAAGAGAAAAACUGGCUUACUUUUGUACAAUAUAAAACACAGGCUUUCACAAAUUUUGUAUUGCUUUUUUCCAGUUUUGCAGAAAAUUUACAUUCUAGUUGUCUUCACAAAAGUAGAAAUUGUAAAUAAUUUGUGAAUGACAGUAUACAUUAAAAGGUAUGUAUUAACAGCAUACCAGUAUGUUGUUUUAUUUGCUGAAGAAAAUACUGUCUUCUAUUUUUAAUGACACAUUAGGUACGAUAUGUAGUUCUGUAGAAUCUUAAAAUUUUUGUAAUACUUUGAAUUUGGUGAAAAUGUUAAGUUGUCUACCACGCUUUUUUUCUAGCUGAAUAAACCACAUCAAAGAAAAGGGGACCACAGUAUUUGAAUGUCUGAAAGUCUGUACAACUUGAUUUUAAGAAUGUUGCCCAUAAUGUUGAACAUGUCUGUUAAAUAAAAGAAAAAUAGUUGCAUCAGACUAUUUUUAUGAGAAGUUGUAAGCAUUUUUAAGAUAGAAAGCAGUGUAAAGUACUUGUUAUUUUAUUCUGAAGUUUAAAAUUCACAUGAUUUUCAUGCUGAUUCUUUAAGCUGAUUAAUUUAUGUUUUGAGGUAAAAAUGCAAUUUACACUUUUUCUUAAUGACAUAAAUGUGGGUUUCUAUAUUAAGCAUAUUUUGUGACUACUGUUAACAGAUUGAUUUGUUUAGAUAUUAAAUGCUUUAAGCUAUUUUACCUUUCAA